AUGUUGGAUCGGUCAGUGAUCGUUUUUAUAGACGAUAUCCUGGUUUACUCCAAAACCAGAGAGCAACAUGAACAACAUUUAAGGGAGGUACUGGAGACUUUGAGGGCGGAGAAACUUUAUGCAAACUUCUCCAAAUCUAAUUUAUGGCUACAGGAAGUGCAGUUUUUGGGAUAUGUCAUCAAUCAAAAAGGAAAUAUGAAUUCAACUAGUCAAAAUCAUGCUCCAACUGCAAGUAGUCAAGAUGUGGGAGGUUCGGGUUCUAAUCAACAAAAUACUGAUUCUGUGGAUCAACAAGAUGGAACAAAUAUUAAUGAUAUAGUUUUUGAUGAAGAUGGAGAUGAAGUUGUUGGUUCGAAAAGGGCAACACGUUCACCAGCAUGGCAACAUUUUAUAAAAUUUAAAUUGAAUGAUGAAGUUAAAGCAAGAUGUAAACAUUGCUCUAAAGUGUUGGGUGCAGAUAGCAAGAAUGGCACAAAACAUUUACUUGCACAUUAUCAGCGUUGUUUACACAAACCUUAUCCAGAUAUUCGUCAAUCUAUCUUGGUGCAAGAAAAAAAGAAAUUAGAUGGUACUACAAUGCAUGUUUCAAAUUAUACAUUUAAUGCUGAUACUUCUAGGAAGGAUUUGGCUGAAAUGAUUAUUGUGCAUGAGUAUCCGCUUUCAAUUGUAGAGCAUCAUGGAUUUAGGAAGUUUGUGGGAGGUCUUCAACCUUUGUUUAAGGUUCCUUGUCGAAACACCAUCAAGGACGACAUCAAAAGAAUUUAUGAUUACGAAAGGGAUAAAACUAUGAGUUUGUUAGCAAAGACCAAAAGCAGAAUUGCAGUUACUACUGAUAUGUGGACAUCUAAUCAUCAAAAAAAAGGAUUUAUGGCAAUGACAGCACAUUUUGUAGAUCAAAACUGGAACUUGCAAAGCAGAAUUAUGAGGAAAGUGUCAACUCUUACUGUGGAUAAUUGCACCACAAAUGAUGCAAUUAUUAGGAUAUUAUUAGAGAAACUUCCUCUAAAAUCACUAAUGAUGAAUGGUGAUUUGUUUCAUAUGCGUUGCUGCGCACAUAUUCUCAAUCUUAUUGUCCAAGAUGGCUUAUCUCUCAUUAAAUUUGAGAUUGAGAGAAUCAGAGAGAGUGUUGCAUUUUGGUCUGCAUCACCAAAGAGGGAGCAAAAUUUUGUGACAGCGGCAGAACAAUUGGGAAUACCAUACUCAAAGAAGUUGAUACUUGACUGCAAGACACGGUGGAACUCUACAUUCUUGAUGUUGAGUGUUGCUAUAAGCUACAAAGAGGUUUUCGAUCGGGUAAAGACAAGAGACUCGAAGUAUACAUGUUUUCCUACAGAAAAGGAUUGGGAGUUGGCUAGUGAGAUUUGUGAAAGAUUACAACUUUUUUAUGAGGUGACUGUUAUGUUCUCUGGUUCAAAGUAUCCUACAGCUAAUGUUUUCUUUCCUUUGAUAUGUGAGAUUGGGUAUUCUUUGCGUGAGUGGACGAAAUCUCCUAUUGAGGAGAUUAAGAUGAUGGCUGACCAAAUGGUUUCUAAGUUCAAUAAGUAUUGGUCUGUAAUUCAUGGGGUAAUAGGAAUGGCAGCGGUUUUAGAUCCACGAUACAAAUUAAAGUUUGUGGAGUUACUUUUUCCUGUGCUUUAUGGAAAAGAAAAGGCAAAGAUUGAAUUUCAAAAUUUGGAGGCGUUUGUCCAAACUUUGUUUCAAGAGUACGUGUCAAGUUUUUAUGGUGGUUCAGUUCCUGGUUCAUCUUCAUUUGGUUCUAGUAUCUCUUCCGGUCAUCGUGUUGGAUUCAAAAAGCUCUUAUCGGAUAUUGCUUCUAUUACUAUAGAUGAUGAUGAAUCAGGAGGUAUGAGUGAGUUGGAUAACUACUUGAAGGAGAAAUUGUUGCCUAAAGAUAUGGAACUUGAUUUGUUGGCAUGGUGGAUAACAAAUGGGAUUAAGUACCCGACACUACAAAGGAUAGCUAAAGAUAUAUUAGCUAUUCCUGUUUCCACUGUUGCCUCGGAAUCAGCUUUCAGCACUAGUGGAAGAUUAGUAAGUCCUCAUCGUAGUCGACUUCAUCCAAAGACAUUGGAGGCUUUAAUGUGUGCUCAAAGUUGGUUGUUGAAUGAAAUUCGAGCAACUUGUUCUGAAGAGACCGAGGCAUAUUGUCGUUCUGUUGAAUUUGAUUAUGAUGUGGAAGAGGAAAACACUAAAGAAAGCGGGACAACAAGUUUGGAUGAUUUUGUUUGAUUUUGAGUUUGUAACUUUGUUUUAAUGUUAAUUGGUAAUGUAUUAUUGUGAUGAAUUAGUUUUUCAUGUUGUGUACUUGGAUGUUUUGGUUGGUUGGUUGAUGUUACAAUAUUAGACUAUUAGUAAUUUCUAUUUGGUUAAA